AGCGACUGUUGCCGUUGGGUUAGUUCUUGGACGGAACUCGACGUUUUUUGACGUUUUUUCGAGGUUUUUUUUCGUAUUUAAAAUGAAACAAUCGCCCUCGGGAAAACCGCAACAAAUAUAGUUUAUUGUUAAAUUAAAAAACCCAAAUAAAAGUGAAAAUGAAGUGACGAAAUGGUUUUGUUUAAUAACAAGUCGGCUUUAAUUAUUUAAUAUUUUCGUGUGUGCGUGUUGGCGAGAGUUUGCUGGAUAUAUAUGCCAUAUAUAUAUAUAUUUUUUUUAAUGGUUUUCGUGAACCGACCUUUGCGAACUUAUCGUCGUAACAGGCAACAACCAACAACAACAACAACAACAACAGAGGCUAAUAAUAAUUAAACAGCGUGUGUUGUAUGUGCUCGCCGAGGCGAGUGUGUGUGUGAUUUUGUGAGCAUAAGAGAGUGUAUGUUGUCUGUUUUUUAUUUUCUUCAUUUUUUUUGCGGAGACACACACACACCAAAUACAAAAAAAAAACCAAAAACAACAAAAAAGAGCCAUAAAAAUAUAUACUAAUUGUCAACAGUCGAGCAACUUGUUUAAAAAAAAAACGUCCAGUAACGAGGAGAUACUUCGAUUUGAAGAUACUGCAUCCAGAAGAUACACUGACUCUUAUUGGCUCAAAACUGCAUAUACUUCCUAUUGGCGGGCUAGUCCAGCCGAUCAGCCGAUCAUCCGAUCGAUUUCUGCCUUCGCAGGCGAAUCGCCCCGCAAUCCCCAAAACAAUAAUCCAGUCCAGUCCACUCCAGACAAAGUUAAGGCCAAUUCUGCUAACUGGGCAGUAAUAUUCAGAAACGUGAUCGGUUGGAAACAGAAACAGAUUAGCUAGACCCCCAGCUAGACCCUCCCCCCCGACGUACAUGUAUAACAUCCGGAUACGGAUACUGAUCCGGAACAAAUCCAUGAUAUUCCAAAACACAAUGACGAGGGGCAAGACCCUCAAGAUAGCCUUCUUUGGGAUACUCCUGGGCCUGUCCAUUGGAACGGGCCUGAAGACCUACCAGGCCUUGGAGAUCGUCAAGCGAUGCGGUGUCCGGCCCACGAAUCAAAAGACUCCGGAGGAGAUCAUUGGCCUCAGCGAGGAGGACACCAUCCAGAAUUCCCAGAGGAAUCUGGUCUUUGUGGGCGUGAUGACGGCCAAGAAUUUUCUUGAGGGCCGAGCCCGGGCGGUAUAUGAUACAUGGGGCAAGGAGGUGCCCGGACGGAUAGCGUUCUUCAGCUCUGAGGGCAGCUACUCCGAGGAUCUGCCGGUGGUGAGUCUCAAGAACGUCGACGAUCGGUAUCCGCCGCAGAAGAAGUCCUUCAUGAUGCUGUACUACAUGUACGAGCACUACAUCGACCGGUUCGAGUGGUUCAUCCGGGCGGACGACGACGUCUACAUAGAGCCGGACAAGCUGGAGCGAUUCCUGCGCUCCAUCGACAGCUCCAAGCCGCAGUUCAUCGGCCAGGCCGGCAAGGGCAACACUGAGGAGUUCGGUCUUCUGUCUCUGGAGUUUGACGAGAACUUCUGCAUGGGCGGUCCGGGCGUGAUCCUCAGCAGCGAGACCCUCCGCCGGGUGGCCCCGCACAUCCCCACCUGCCUGAAGAACCUCUACAGCACCCACGAGGACGUGGAGGUGGGCAGGUGUGUCCAGAAGUUUGCCGGCAUACCCUGCACCUGGAAUUACGAGAUGCAGUACAUAUUGCGACACAAUUCGAGUGGAAGGAACGCCUACACCGGAAAACUGAAGAGGAAGGAGAUCCACAACGCCAUAACCCUGCAUCCCAUUAAGCAGGCCCCGCUGAUGUACCGACUGCACUCCUACGUACAGGGACUGAAGGCUGAGGAAAUGAGGCAGGAAUCGCUGCUCCUGCAUCGGGACAUCAAGCGGAUGGCCUCUUACCUGGAAGUUCCGGAUGAGAGCACCUACAUGAUGCCCAGUGUCUCUCCGGAAAGUGACUCCAACAAGAGGCACUUCCAGGACCACAACAUACUAGGAAUCAGUCCAGAGUUGAAUAAGUUCGUGCCGAGCAGUACGGAGGACCUCCUGGACUGGGCCUUCAUUGCGCGCAGCCUGUACUCGGCCAGCUCGGCGAAUCCCAAGCAGAAGAUCGACUCGGCAAUGCGGGAGGGCCUCGAGGACGUCAUCACCGAGGUAAUGGAGAACAUCAACAACUACUCCCGGCAACGGGGCCGGGUGAUAGAGUUCCGGGAGCUGCUCUACGGCUACCAUCGCCUGGACGCCCUCCAUGGGCAGGACUUGAUCCUCGACCUGUUGCUCAUCUACAAGAAGUACAGUGGGAAGAAGAUGACGGUGCCGGUGAGAAGGCAUCUCUACGUCCAGCGGGCCUUCACGGGGAUCUUCGUCAAGGAGGUGGACGAGGACUUCUACAACGUGACCCUGCACCAGAGUCUCCUGGGCAGUCUCCUCCAGAACGGAAUGGCCCGGCUGAGCAGCCACUUCACCAUGCCCAGUGGCCUGCUCCCACCCACCGAGGACAAGAUCGUCUUCGUCCUGCCGAUAGCCGGGCGACUGGGCACCUUCGAGCGCUUCCUCCACACCUACGAGCGGAUCUGCAUCCGCGGGGAGCAGCACUGCGACCUGCUGGUGGUGAUUUUCGGCCAGCCCGAGGAGCUGGGCGAUCACAUGCAGCUGCUCCACGACCUGCACGCCAGGCACGUCUAUCAGCAGGUCAACUGGAUCCAACGGAGUGCCCCCUUCUCGCGCGGAGUGGCUCUGGAUGUGGCGGCGAGGUCCUCCUACAUCCGCCAGGAGGACAUCAUUCUGUUCAUCGACGUGGACAUGGUGUUCGAGGUGGAGACCCUGCAGCGGGUGAGGAUGCACACGCAGCGCGGCAAGCAGGUCUACCUGCCGAUCGUCUUCAGCCAGUACGAUCCGCAGAGGCGGGGCAGCGAGGCGCCGUGGGAGGGGGAGUCGCCCCGGAUCGACGACGAGAGCGGUUACUUCCGGCAGUUCGGUUUCGGGAUCUGUGCCAUCUACAAGUCCGACAUCCUCGAUGAGGACAUCAAUGGCUUCGACAAGGACAUCACGGGCUGGGGGCUGGAGGACGUCAAGUUCCUGGAGAAGAUUGUCCGGGUGGGCACCCGCCAAUGGGGCUUCCUGGCCAACACCGCCGAGCUCUCCUCCGACUACAACGAGGCCGCCGAGCAGUGGCGUCGACUGAGCGUGUUCCGUGCUCCGGAUCCCACGCUGGUCCACAUCUACCAUGACAUAAGCUGCGACAUCCAGCUGGACGCGCCGCAGUACAACAUGUGCCUGGGCACCAAGGCCAACUCCAUCGGCAGCACCCGGUUGAUGGAGCAGCUGUUCCACAGCAGUCCCGAGAAUGUCCAGUUCGCCAGCGACUUUAAUCGCCAGAAGCAGCAGGCCCGGUGAUGAUCCAUGUGUCAGGGGGCA